AUGUCAUUUAUGAGUCCAUGGUUUGCCGCUUGGCUUCCGUCAAACGCUUCAAAUAGAUUGAAGAAAUUCUCAAACAUCAAAAGCAACUCAGACAUGAUAUUUCCAAGGAGAACUUUCUCUAUCAGGCUUACCAAAUUGUAUGGACAAUCAGGCAUGUUUGAGAAUGCGAAAAAAGUGUUCAAUGAAAUGUCUGAAUGGAAUUGUGAAAGGAGUGUGAAGAGUUGGAAUGCCCUUUUGUCAGCUUGUGUGAAUUUGGGGAAACUUGAGGAGAUUGAGGGUAUUUUUCGAGAAAUGGAGAUGAAGUGGAAAUUGAGGCCUGAUGUCGUUUCAUAUAAUAUUGUGAUCAAAAGGCUGUGUGAGAUGGGGGGUGGGGGAUGGGAUAAAGAGUUAGGUAUGGUUGAUGAGAUGGAAAGAAGUGGGGUGAAGCUCGAUUUGACGAGUAAUUAUGAUUGGGUUUUUGAGCUUUGUAAAGAGGUUUUUGAGAGGAAGCGUCUGGUUGAUGCAAGAUUAUUGCAGAAUGUGGUGGAUGGGUUGACGAAGGAUUCAAGGAUCGAAGAGGCUAAGAUGGUUGUUUAG